AUGGUAAAUUGUGCACUAAGCUUGGGCGCCAAGGCAACCGGUUUCCGACUAUCGAGAAGCCAAUCGGCCGCCGGCACUGUUAGCGACCACCCUGCAAACCCGUGGAUAGGCAAGGAUCCUGCCAAGCCCUUUAGUCGGACAUUGCAAUCCCGAACCUAUCUGUCGAGCUUGAGUGACGGAACGUUCUCCCUGAUCUUAGUUCUGUCGAGCGGACCAUCAUGCCCCUUUUUUGACCGAGUGCAGUUUGUACCCAAAAAUAAAGCCUCAUCAUCAGCACACAGUGAGCCAAUUUGUGCUGGGCUUUACGGCCUCACCAUGCAGCAAAGCUUUCCAGCACGCUCUGAGGCAACGGCCAUCGUUGCCCUGCGAUUCGUAUCCCGUGCUGUGAUUGUGAAGCGGCUAGGAAUAGAUGACUGGACGAUGAUGCUCGCCACGAUCACGGCCAUUUUGAAUGUUGCCAUUGCAGGACUUGGGAAACAUGAUGGCACUCUCUCAAAGGUCGAUGAGUUACCAGCAGCCAAGAUUCGCUACAUUACUCAUAUUAUCUACACUCCCAUCACCGGCCUGAUCAAGACGUCCAUCUGCCUAUUAUAUCUGCGUCUCUUCCCAAAUCUCCGCAAAAUCACUCUUGGCACCAUAGCUUUUAUCGCCGCCAUGAGCAUAGCCAUUAUCCUCGCCACCAUUUUUCAAUGCUGGCCCGUAGAUGCAGUGUACAACCCUCAAAAAUACGACCACUAUACCUGUUUCGCGUCUAUUCCUUUUUGGUACGCCACAGCCGCAUUAUCACUGGUUACGGAUCUGUGGAUCCUAGGUUUACCGAUCCGGACUAUUUUAGGCCUACAAAUUGGGAGCAUGAAGCGUGUGGUAGUCAUCGGUCUGUUAUCCUUGGGAACGUUACCAUGCAGCGCCUGCAUUGCCAGCAUUGUUCGAAUGGUGUACAUCAUCAAGCUUUAUGAGAGCAAUGAUCCAAGCUGGAGCACAUUCGGCGUCUCCGUGUCGUCAGGAAUCGAAGUUGCUGUUGCCAUCAUUGCAGCCAGCCUGCCAAGCACCAAGCCGGUCAUGGAUCUGAUCUUCCCAAGACUAUUCUCUACCAGUGCCGACAAGUCCCAUACCACUAGUGCACAAGUGUACCAUAAUCGGACCUCUGCCCGCGGUCAUCGCCAGCAUGAUGACAUCUCGCUUGUUCAUCUAACCAUGGAAUGUGAUUCCGGGAAGGAUGACUCUACCACUGGACUUUCUCGUGCUUAG